AUGGAUUCAAUAAAUGUCUCCUUUAUGACUAAAUUCAUUCUGGUAGGAUUAACAGACCAGUCUAAUCUCCAAAUGCCCUUAUUCUUUCUAUUUCUAGCAAUGUAUAUGGUCACUGUGUUGGGAAAUUUGUGUUUGAUAAUUCUGACUGUAUUUAAUUCUCACCUGCACACUCCUAUGUACUUUUUUCUCUUUAACUUGUCCUUUAUAGACUUCUGCUAUUGUUCUGUGUUCACUCCCCAAAUGCUGAUGAACUUUGUCUUAAGGGAGAAUGUCAUUUCUUAUGUGGAAUGUAUGACUCAAGUUUAUUUUUUUAUAUUCUUUGCUGUAUCGGAAUGCUAUGUGUUGACUUCUAUGGCCUAUGAUCGCUACAUGGCCAUCUGCAAUCCACUGUUAUACAAUGUUGUCAUGUCUCCUAAAUUAUGUUUGAACUUUAUGUUUGGUUCCUAUUUUAUUGCAUUUUCUAAUGCUGUUGCUCACACUGUAUGCCUGCUGAGACUAAGAUUCUGUGAUGCCAACACCAUCAACCACUACUUCUGUGAUAUUCCUCCUUUGCUUCAACUCUCUUGCUCAAGCACAUAUGCAAACGAGCUUGUAAUUCUCGUUGCUGGGAGCAUCAACAUUAUUGUUCCUACUUCAACUCUCUUUAUCUCCUAUGGUUUCAUUCUUUCCAGCAUCAUCCACAUCCGUUCCUCUGAGGGUAGGUCCAAAGCCUUCAGCACCUGCACCUCCCACAUCCUUGCUGUUUCUCUGUUCUAUGUUUCAGGUGCACUUGAGUAUUUCAAACCCUCCUCAGCAGGGUCUAUGAAUGAAGGAAAAAUCUCUUCUGUCUUUUACACCAAUGUAGUUCCCAUGAUGAACCCAUUAAUCUACAGCUUGAAGAACAAAGAUAUUAAAGUUGCCCUGUUGAAAAGCCUGAGACGCAGUAAAUUUUGA